AGCUACUAGGGUUUUCGUCUUCUGCAGACCGGCGGCGCCAAGACUUGCAAUCGGAAAUGGUGAAGGGUCGCCAGGGAGAGCGUGUCAGGCUCUAUGUUCGUGGAACUAUUCUUGGGUACAAGAGGUCGAAGUCGAAUCAGUACCCAAACACGUCGCUGAUCCAGAUCGAGGGAGUGAACACUAAAGAAGAGGUGGCAUGGUACUGCGGCAAGAGGAUGGCGUAUAUCUACAAGGCCAAGGUGAAGAAGAAUGGAUCCCAUUAUCGCUGCAUUUGGGGCAAGGUAACCAGGCCUCAUGGUAACAGUGGUGUCGUACGCGCCAAAUUCAAGUCCAACCUCCCCCCUAAAUCCAUGGGAGCUAGAGUGAGAGUGUUUAUGUAUCCCAGCAACAUUUGAGUUGCAUGAUAUCCUACAUCGGAGCUGUACGAUGGAUCUAGAAAUUUUGGGACUUACUAUCAGUUAAUAGUUAAGCUUUGAGGGUGUUAUUUUUUUUUUUGUCGUACUUGAGAGUUAAUAGGAGCCAACUGUUCUUCCUUUUCUUCUAUUAAUUAUUAUAGAUUUUUUUUUUAAUAAGUUUUUGAUACACUUUGUGAUAAUGCUCAUGGUUAAUUUCAGAAUUUGAGUGCAGUGUGUCUGGGAAAUACAGUUUUAUGGAUCGU